AUAUUUGGUUAUCACUGUCUGUGUUUUAACCAAUUGGAACAGCCACGCGUGAACGGAAACUCUCCCGAUAUGUUAUUAUUAGUUUGUUAAUAAUUAGUAUUCCCAGGUUUUCAAAUCUGAUCCUUUAUAGGGCUUAUUUUAAUUUUACAAUUCGACACGACAAACGCACUUUAAUAUAUUCAUUACUGUACUGGUUUGUAUUGUUGCUGUGUAACCGGCAAGUAAAAGAAAAGGUUAUUCCUAGAUGGUCCUCAUUUUACAAUGCGUAUUGGGUCCAUUUGUGUCACUGUCACGCGUGGAUUAGGAGGUUCUUCGUCGAUCGCGAAGCUUCGUGGGAUUUAUGGAUUUAAGAGAAGACUGUUCCACGUGUUGUGUAUCCCGCCGGCUGACAAAGGCGCUCCAAGUUGUCCGACACAUCGGCCGGGGAUUCUGUCCGGUCCCACAAAUGUCGAAGAAACGGAAAAGUCUUGACGAUCUGGGAUUCGAGGAGUCUCCCCUGGAAGGAUGCAGUGACCAAGGCUUGACAGAUGAGAAAGUGAAGGCCUACCUCUCUCUGCACCCGCAGAUGCUGGAUGACUUUGUGCUGGAGAGCGUGAGCGCCGAGACGUUGGACAGAUGGCUGAAAAGGAAGACCAGCAGCAGGCCUGCAGAUGACACAUCAUCUAAAGAAAUCAGCAGGCAGUACCAGGAUGCGAACAUGCAGGGCGUGGUGUAUGAACUCAAUAGCUACAUGGAGCAGCGCUUGGACACUGGAGGCGACAAUAAGCUCUUGCUCUAUGAACUCUGCAACAUCAUUAAAACAGCAACAAAAGCUGAUGGAUUUGCACUUUACUUUUUGGGAGAAUGCAACAAUAGUUUAUGUCUAUUUACUCCAACAAGGACCAAGGAUGGUCUCCCAAGCCUUGUCCCCUCUGGCCCCAUCGCAUUCGGGACAACCAUUGCAGCUCAUGUUGCCAAGACUCGCAAAACACUUUUAGUAGAAGACAUCAUGGGGGACGAACGCUUCCCAGAUGGCACAGGGCAGGACUCAGGGAUCCGUGUUCAUUCUGUCUUGUGCCUCCCCAUCCUUACUGCCAUCGGAGACCUCAUCGCCAUACUGGAGCUGCGUCGGCACUGGGGAAAGGAGCCGUUUAACCUCAGCCACCAAGAGGUUGCAACAGCAAACUUAGCCUGGGCGUCAGUUGCCAUUCAUCAAGUACAGGUUUGCCGAGGUCUCGCCAAACAGACUGAGCUCAAUGACUUCCUACUAGAUGUGUCAAAAACAUACUUUGAUAAUAUUGUGGCAAUAGAUUCUCUACUUGAACACAUUAUGAUAUAUGCAAAAAACCUGGUGAAUGCCGACAGGUGUGCACUCUUCCAGGUAGAUCAAAACAACAAAGAACUGUUUUCUGACCUGUUCGAUAUUGGUGAGGAGAGAGAAGGCAAGCCAGUCUUUAGGAAAACCAAAGAAAUUAGGUUUUCUAUAGAGAAAGGAAUAGCUGGUCAAGUGGCUCGGACAGGGGAAGUCUUAAAUAUCCCAGAUGCCUAUGCAGACCCGCGGUUUAACCGAGAGGUGGACCUCAAAACAGGUUACACUACGCGGAACAUCCUGUGCAUGCCCAUCGUGAGCAGGGGGACUGUUAUCGGAGUGGUGCAGAUGGUGAAUAAGUUAAGCGGUAGUGCCUUCACUAAAACAGAUGAGAACAACUUCAAGAUGUUUGCUGUCUUCUGUGCCCUGGCCUUACACUGUGCAAAUAUGUACCAUCGAAUUCGCCACUCUGAAUGCAUUUACAGAGUGACAAUGGAAAAACUGUCUUACCACAGCAUCUGCACCUCAGAAGAAUGGAAAACACUCACUCAGCUCAACCUUCCCACUCCCAUUUAUAAAGAGAUCGAAAUGUUUCACUUUGACAUCAAUCCCUUUGAGGAGAUCUGGCCUGCAGUUUUCAUCUACAUGGUUCACAGCUCCUGUGGAAAGACCAGCUUUGAGCUGGAGAAGCUUUGUCGAUUCACCAUGUCUGUACGCAAGAACUACCGGCGUGUGCCCUACCACAACUGGAAGCACGCUGUGACCGUGGCCCACUGUAUGUAUGCCAUCCUACAGAAGACCCCUGGGACCUUCACAGAGCUAGAGAAGAAGGGACUCUUGGUAGCCUGUCUGUGUCAUGAUCUGGACCAUCGAGGAUACAGCAACACUUAUCUGCAGAAGUUUGACCACCCUCUGGCUGCUCUCUACUCCACCUCUACAAUGGAGCAGCAUCACUUCUCUCAGACUGUCUCCAUUUUGCAGCUGGAAGGGCACAAUAUUUUCUCCAACCUGAAUUCCAGCGAGUAUGAGCAGGUGCUAGAGAUCAUCCGAAAGGCCAUCAUCGCCACCGACCUGGCCCUUUACUUCAAUAACCACCAGCAACUGUCAGAGCUUCUCACCUCCGGUGAUCUCGACUUCAACAACCACUCACACAGGGACCGUGUGAUUGGUCUGAUGAUGACAGCAUGUGACCUGUGUUCUGUAACUAAGCAGUGGCAAAUCACACGACUCACAGCCAAUGACAUCUAUGCUGAAUUCUGGGCCGAGGGAGAUGAGAUGAAGAAGAUCGGGUUGCAGCCCAUCUCAAUGAUGGAUCGAGACAAGAAGGAUGAAGUCCCUCAAGGCCAAGUGGGAUUCUACAAUGCUGUAGCAAUUCCAUGUUAUACGACACUAGCUGACCUUUUCCCUCCAUCCAGUCCACUUCUAAAAGCGUGCAAGGAGAACUUGAGCCAAUGGGAGAAGAUAGCGCACGGUGAGGUGGAGGAUGUGGUGCCUAGCCGGCCUUCUGAUUCAGGACCUGUCAAGGUGGACAACUGACUACCAAAGGGUUGACUGCUUGUCAUAACGGGUUCAAUCUGAACUUUGCCACACUUAUGAAGCUUUUUUUAAGAGGGAGAGGAGCAGGAGCAGGAGCUGGAUCAGCAAAAAGGCGCCUUGACUUAACAAAAAAACACAAGUUACCUCAAUGGGUGACGGAGGUGUCAAAGCUGAUGGUUUUACUGAUCCCAGAGACUGACUGACAGCUAACGGGAGGAACUGAAACCCAUCACCCUACAUCUACUCCGUUUGGGAAUUUCUUUUCGAAAAUGGACUCUGUGCCAUUUUGGUUGUUUAUUUGGCUUUGUUUAUGUCAUUUGUUCUUGUUUUUUUAAUUGUUAUUGUUCCCAUUAUUGUUAUUAUAAUUAUUAUUUGAGUUGAUUCUUUGCGGUCUUGUAUUUGAGAGGCCUUACACUGAACCUUUCACAGGAAGGUGAUGUGAAACCUUGUUGUUUAGGUUGAUAUCUUUUUAAAAUGGUACUGUUUGCCUUCUGCGGUAAAUGAGUCACUACUACUUCAGCAAGGUAUUCAGAGACAGAAGGAAUGUGUAGUACAUUGAACAUGCAUGCUAUAAUAAUGCCACCUUAGAGAUGAGGGGGGAUGUCAGAAUGUUUUUCUUUCUUAACUUUUGAGCAAAAAUCCUUUGCAGUACUUGAAAAGACACACAACCUGUUUAAACACAAAGAUGGCAGAAAUCCCGCACGAUAUAUUUUGCGCGAAAAAAAAGCUUCAACUGCGACUAUGAGAGGAUGGGGAUUUCUGUGUGCCAAAACUGUCACAAAAGUCACAACGUAAGGCCCUGAAGUCGACCCCCCGUCACAGCACUGCCCUGAGGCCAUUGCUAGCACUUGAAACCUUCGGCAAGCAGUCACGUAUGUUUAAGACAGCUUGUAAAUUUUAACGUGGGAUCUCCACACGUAAAAGCAGAAGACAUGAUCGGUGGAAAUGAGACUUGAGCACUACUCCGUGUCGUCAGUGUCAAAUCUGAUAAGCUGCAUGUAACUCUGGGACUGUUCUGCAAGACUUUUUGCAGGUGUGUUUAACGUUUCAGCAUCCGCUCGUUCUCCUACAGAUGAUUUUCCAAGAUCUUCCUGAUUACAUUUUCUCGAUCUUUUCCGAAUGGUCAUUCCAGUGGACGUGGUCCCUCUAAUAAUUUGAUUCACGAAUGCUAAGGUGGCCCCUGUAGUGUGAAUGUACACUUGGUUCAUUUACAGUGCAUCUAUAAAAAGUCUGUACGCCACUCUCAAAUGCCAGGUUGAAAAGACGUCAUUUCAAAAUUUUCCACCAUUAAUCUGACCUACAAACUGUACAAUUGCAAUGGGCUGGGGGAGGGGGUGGGGUGGAUCAAAUAAAAUCUUUUGUACUGGGGAAUUAAAAAUAAACAACUGAGAUAGUCUGGUUGCAUAAGUGUGUACACCCUGGCAUUUUGACAGGGAUGUGUAGACUUAUGUAUCCAAUGUGUGUUCUGUUGAUCCCCUGAAUGUGGCAUGUGGAUCGGGUGUGUUCUGUCAAACUGUUCAAAAUUGCUUCCAGUAAGUUCCAAUCGAGAGCAACACUUAGCAUGCACUUAGACUGAAGUGAGAUGUAAUUUGCAUAUAAAGUACAGUAAUAGGUGUGUACUGUGUGCAUUCUAGAAUCGAUAUUUGCUCUAAUGGUGCUAAACUGAAUGGCAGUUCAUGCACUUUCUGAAUGUGUGUGUGUGUGUGUGUGUGUGUGCAAGAGUCUAUUUACUAUUUACAUUCACCCUAUAUGGUUGAGAACACGGUGAAGUCCACAACACUGCACUGUUCCUACUUUUCAGCACCAGUUAUAUCAUUAUCUGCACUAUGUUCAGCAUAUCUUUAUCAUUAUUCUUGAUGAUGAUGAUUAUUAUUAUUAAUAAUAAUAUUGCUAUUAUACCUAUUAUUUUCUUAAUUAGAAUGACAUUUAAAUUAACUUAUAUUUUUUAUACAAAGAAAAAUAAUGUUGGCCUUUUUUGUUGGUGACAAACAAAAUGGUCCAUACAUGUUGCUGUUACCCACAAUAAUUGAGGAAGUUGUAAUGAUGUAAUUAUAAGAGCAGUAGCCAAAAUGACUUUUAUUAAAUAUCUGAAAAAUA